ACGCUCUCGCCGGCCGCCCCCGGCAACUCUAUGCUCCGCCCUUAAAGUCACCCGUACCGUUGCAGCCACCGCCGGGGGGGUGGUUUUUUGUCCUCCGACGGGCGGGGGCCGGAAGAUGGCGCAGGCUCUGUCGGCGGAGGAGUUCCAGCGGCUGCAGGCGCAGCUGCUGGAGCUCCGCACCCACAACUACCAGCUGUCGGACGAGCUGCGGAAAACCGGCGCCGAGCUCACCGGGCUCCGGCAGCGUGUCACCUUUCUGGAUAAGGAGCUCGCCAAGGCUCAGAAGGCUCUGGGGAAAAGCAAGAAGGCUCAGGAGGUGGAGGCCCUGCUGAGCGAGAACGAGAUGCUCCAAAGCAAACUGCACAGCCAGGAGGAGGAUUUCCGGCUGCAGAACAGCGCGCUGGUGCGGGAGCUGUCCAAGCUGUGCUCCCAGAUCGAGCAGCUGGAGACCGACAAUAAGAGGAUGCAGGGGGGGGGCCCAGUGCCGGACGAGCCUCCGCCCCCUGGGCCCCCGCCCGGCGAGUUCCUGCGGCUCCAGGCCGAGAACAAGGCGCUGCAAAAAAACGUGGCAGCCCUGCAGGAGCGCUUCGAGAAGGAGGUGGCCCGGCAGGCCGAGGGGCAGGGGGACGCCCCCCAAGCUCAGGGCCCCGCCGGAGAGGCCAUGGCUGGGCCUACGCCGGGGGCCAGCCCCGGCCCCCCCCUGCCCUCGGAGCUGGCGCUGAAGUGGGAGACGGCGCGGGAGGAGAAGAGGCUGCUGCGGGAGCAGCUGCAGAGCCUGGAGGUGGCCAAGCAGGUGGAGAUCUCCCAGCUUCAGGACGAGCUGAAUAAGCUCGCUGAGAAACUGAAGAAAAAGCAAGAGAGUUUCCGGCGGCUGCAGGCGGAGAAGGAAGCCCUCUACAACGACAGCAGGACCAAGCUGGCGGAGGUCCAGCAGAGGAGAGACGAGGAGCUGAAAUCGCUGCAGCUUCGCAACCAGAAACUGCACCAGGAGCUGCAGGCAGCCGCGCAGAGCGCUGCCCAGGUGCAGGAGCAGCUGCAGAGCCGGCAGAGGGAGCACGCGGACGCCCUUCACGCGCUGCAGGACCAGGUGGCCUGCCAGAGCGCAGAGAGCCAGGAGCAAGUAGAGACGAUUCUCUCUGAGAACGAUGCCCUGAGAACCAAUCUAGCCGCACUAGAGCAGAUCCAGACGUCGAAGACCCAGGAGCUGAAUCUGCUGCGGGAGCAGAGCGCGGCGCUCGGCCUGGAGCUGCAGGAGAGGGAGAGAGAGAAGGAGGCGCUGGCUGGGCAGCGGGACGACCUAAACACCCAGCUACAGGAAUCCGUCAGAGCCAACAGCCGCCUCCUAGAGCAACUGCAGGAGCUGGGCCAGGAGAAGGAGAAGCUGCUGCUGGAGCUAGAAGAGGCCAGGAAGAGCGCAGACAAGCGGAAGUCCAUGUUGGACGCGAUGGCGGUGGAGACGCAGCAGGAGAAGGGGCGGCACCAGGAGGCGCUGGGGGUGCUGCGGGUGCAGCAGGAGAAGGAGGUGCUGGGCGUCCGGGCGCGCUACGAACGGGAGCUGCGUGAGCUGCACGAGGAGAAGAAACGCCACGAGGAGGAGCUGCGGGGGCAGCUCAAGGAGGAGAAGGCCCGGAGCCGGGAGCUGGAGAGCUCGCGGCAGACGGUGGAGGAGCUCCGUCUGCAAAUCCAGUCCAUGGACGGGGCCAAAGGCUGGUUCGAGCGGCGGCUCAAGGAAGCGGAGGAGCUGAUUGAAAAGCACCAGCGUGACCACGAAGAGGCGCUUCGAGUGUGCAAGGAGCACCACGGGGCCGAGUUGAAGCUGAAGGCCCAAGAGGCGGAAGCCGCCAGGGAGCAGCUGCGGGUGGCCGAGAGCUCCCGGGACGAGCACGUGGCCACGAUCGGCCGGCUCAGACAGGAGGUGAAGGACACGGUGGACGGACAGCGCAUCCUGGAGAAGAAAGGCAGCGCCAGUCUCAAAGACUUGAAGCGGCAGCUGCAGCUGGAGAGGAAGCGGGCGGAUAAGCUGCAGGAGCGACUGCAGGAGAUCCUGACCAACAGCAAGACCCGGACGGGGAUCGAGGAGCUGGUUCUGGCCGAGAUGAGCUCCCCCAGCCGGGCGCAGACGGGCGACAGCAGCAGCAUCUCGUCCUUCAGCUACCGGGAGAUCAUGAAGGAGGGGUCGGGGCCCGGCAGCACCAAGUCCAACACGGGGAGCCCCCAGUCCCAACGCCCCGCGGACCUGUCGGACGAGGAGAUCUCGGAGCUCUUCCAGCGCCUGGCGGAGAUGCAGCAGGAGAAGUGGAUGCUGGAGGAAAAGGUGAAGCACCUGGAGGUGAGCAGCGCCUCGAUGGCGGAGGAUCUGUGCCGGAAAAGUGCCAUUAUUGAGACCUACGUCAUGGACAGUCGCAUCGACGUGUCGGCGGCCCACGGGCCCCUGGACCGCAGCACCCUGGGCAGCGUCCUGCGGGACCUGGUGAAGCCGGGCGACGAGAACCUGCGGGAGAUGAACAAGAAGCUGCAGAACCUGCUGGAGGAGCAGCUCACCAAGAACAUGCACCUGCAGCAGCACCUGGAGGUCCUGUCCCAGGAGAUCGUGCGGCUCAGCAAGGAGUGCGUCCCCCUCCCCCCGCCCGCCCCCACCGGCGCUGACCCUGGCGGGGCCUGCUGACCCCCCACUACACCAGGGGGUGGGGCCAGGGGCAAGACCUGCCUGUUCCCAGGGCACCCCAUGCCCUUGCUUCAAGCGCUGCCCCCCACCUGGCCAGCAGCUUCCUGCCCCCCCAUACAUUAUAUGGGGGCAGGACCUUUUAACCCUUCGCCUCCUCCCUCGCCCUCCCAGCUCCAUUGAUGGUUCAUUGUCCUCUGCCCCAUCUGCCUCUAGCCCCUCCCAGCCGGCGGGGGGCCCUGUCCCCACCUGAGCUCCCUCCCCCCAUCUCACUGCCCAUCAUCCCCUCCCCUCCAUCCUCUGGGUACCUGAACCCCUUCUCCCCCAGCCCAGAUCCUGCCCCUUUCGAGCUGCACGCCACCCCCCACCGCCACCCCCAGACUUUAUCCCUGGAUUGGGGGGCUUGCGGGCGGGUCACCGGCCCUCUAAGAAGCAUGGGAAAGAGGCUACCUCCCCUGGCAGGAGGGGGAACCAGCAGGGGAAAGCGGGGGGCACCGGUGGGCCUGCGGGGUGGGAGUGAGGGGCACGGGUGGGGGUGGGGGCUGCGGGGUGGGAGUGAGGGGCAUCGGUGGGGGUGGGGGCUGCGGGGCGGGAGUGAGGGGCACCGGUGGAGCUGGGGGUGGGAAUGAGGGGCCCCUAUUCAUCUUUUGGCGGUUCUCCCUUCUGCCCGUGGGGUAGCAGCUCCUUUACCCCCCUUUCCUGCCCCGGACUUGCUCUGCCCCCCAGCCCCUCCCACAUGUGUCCCAAUACAAGUCCCCCCCCAGCCCCCUCGCCUCUGUGCGAUGGGGGCCCCGAGGGAGGUGCUGUGUAUAUUGGGCUCGGGUGGGGGGCCUGGCCCAUCUUCUGACUGCACUUUCCCUGCCCCCCCGGCUCUGGGGGGUUAAUGGGGCGGUGACGUGAGCCGCGACUCGCUACGGCGACAAUAAAGACGUGGACUUGGC